UCAAAUCCCCACCAAAAAAAAAACACUCAUUUCAUUUCCAUUAUUCAACGAUCUCAACUCAAGCACACACGAAUCUUCAACUUUUCACACUUGCAUAAAACACACAAAGACAGACAAAUAACAAACACAAGUGAGAGAAAAGCUCCAACCACCAAAAUGCCCAAAACCCAUCCGAAACCCAUCAACACCCUUCUCACAUUACUGCUUUUUGUCCACACUUUCUUCAUUAUUUGCAAUGGGGUUUCAGUUCUGGGCGUCAAUUCACUGAAAAACAGUGAAUUUGAUGUAAUGGGGAGAAGGGUUUGUGCCGGAAAGAUUGGCGAUUGUGCGGUGGAGGAGGCAGAGGGGGAGUUCCAGAUGGAUUCAGAGAGCAAUAGGAGGGUUUUGCUGAUUCAGAAGAGGUAUAUAAGCUAUGAGACUCUGAAGAGGGACUCAGUUCCAUGUACAAAACCUGGUGCAUCAUAUUACAACUGCAAAGGAGAGGCAAACCCAUAUCACAGAGGUUGUGAGGUCAUCACAGGCUGUGCUAGAAGCAUUAGUGACAUCAAAUCUUGAUCAGAAAGUGGCACCAAGAAGUGAUAAUGGUAAGUUGUGUCUGUAUAUACAAGACUAUUGUGUCCUUUUGAUGCAUUAAAGAAUGUCCUUUUGAUACAUUUAGGAAUCUAUGUAUACCUUGAUUUUGGGGAUCAAUGAAGGGUUUUCAUUCAAGCACAUGAAAUAUUUGAUAUGAUGCCUAAUUGGGUUUUGAGAAUGAUUUUUGAGACUCUGCACCAGUUUCUGAAUCUUAUAUACAGUAUAACAUAUGGUUUUCCUUUA